UGCGCUUCUCUACCCUCAAAUGUUGUGUUAACUUUAUUUUAAAACACUUUAUUAUUAUUUUGACAGUGACGAUGGGUAUACUUUUAUUUUGAAACGCCCCGUACAGUUCAUGUUGUUGUGACGCCAAUGACGUAAAAUCAUGUUUGAAGCGCUUCUAAACGCUGUUCUCACAUGGAAACCUAAACAUGGAGCAUUCAAGCACAGAGAACCAGAAUCAAGAUCAAGAAUCUGAAAAAGAGAAAAUGGAUUUGAAUAUUAAUAAUACGUUUCAGACUAAAACGACCAGUGAUCAGAGUUUUGGUCCUCAACUUGGACCAACAGAUAAGCCAUGCACCAAUGGUCAGUCUGAACAACUAGGAGAUCAGAGCUCCAGUGGUCAACUUGGACCAACAGCAGAAGCGUUCACUGCUGAUCAGUCUGGACUGACAGGAGAUCAGAGCUCCAGUGGUCAACUUGGACCAACAGCAGAAGCGUUCACUGCUGAUCAGUCUGGACUGACAGGAGAUCAGAGCUCCAGUGGUCAACUUGGACCAACAUCAGAAGCAUUCACCAGUGAUCAGUCUGAAGAGACAGGAGAUCAUAGCACUGGUGGUUCAUCUGGACUGACAGCAGAUCACUGCACCAGCAUUCAUUCUGAACAAACUGGAGAUCAGAGCUCCAGUGGUCAGUUUGGGCCAACAGGAGAACAUUCAAUCAGCGACCAGUCUGGACUGGCAGGAGAUCAGAUCUCCAUUAUUCAGUCUGAACAAACUGGAGAUCAGAGCUCCAGUGGUCAGUUUGGGCCAACAGGAGAACAUUCAACCAGCGACCAGUCUGGACUGGCAGGAGAUCAGAUCUCCAUUAUUCAGUCUGAACAAACAGGGGAUCAGAUCUCCAGCAUUCAGACUGGGCAUGAGAUGCAUUGUGGAAUUGUGGUUAGUCCUCAGUCUGGGUCGUUGGGUUUGCUGAGCAUGCAGUACAGAGAAAACAGCUCGGAAGACAACUGUUCAGACAGUGACUCAGACUCUUCGUCCUCCACAUCCUCCUCUUCAUCAUCCUCAACCUCUUCCUCCUCUGAGCCUUUUAAUUUAGUCAAGAACAACGCAGAAGAUGAUGAUGAAGGUGUUGCCAUGGGCAGUGAGAAAAGGCCUGCACCAUUGAAAACCCAAGAUGAGCUGCUUAUCGAUGAUCUUCCUGUAGUUGAGAACCUCUUCAUCAGCCUUCCGGAAGAUACAGAGAUGGAGCCCAUCGGGACGAUAUCAAGCAUUGUGGAGCAAUUAGUGAUUGUGGAGUCAUAUAAGAACACACCACCACUGCAUGAAGACAGCGUGUUAUUCACCAAAAACAGAAACUCUGUUGGCAAGAUCUUUGAAGUCUUCGGGCCAGUUUGUCAGCCUUACUAUGUUUUUAGGUUCAACUCCCAUGACGAUAUCAACCAGAAAGAUCUUAAGAUUCGAGAUGUGGUUUAUUUUGCCCCCAAAAUUAAAGAUUUCACAGACUACAUCUUUACAGAGCGACUCCAAGGGACCAAAGGCUCGGAUGCAUCGUGGAAAAAUGACCAGGAACCACCCCCUGAGGCACUUGACUUUAGUGAUGAUGAGAAAGAGAGGCAGGCCAAACAGAAGCUUAAAGAGCAAAAGAGACGGCAAAAAAAUGAUUCGGACUCAGAGGACGAAUUGGAUGCCCAUAAAGGUCCGCCCCCUCAUAAAUCCGGCCGGCGGAAGCCCAGACAGAACCGCAAUGUUCCUCGCGGGCAGCAUCACAGUCGUGGUGGUGGUUUCCAUAGCAACUAUCACGCUCGCCAGCCCUUCCCACCGGACUACAUGUUCCCCCAUCCAGAUCCACACAUGUUUCCCUUCCAGGGCCCAAUGAUGCCACCUUUUCCCAGAUUUCACAUGGGAAUGGCCCCUUGGCCCCCAGGGCCCAAUCAGGGCUUUAUGUUCCAGGCCCCGCCUCCUCCUCCUCCACCACCACAUAAUCAGUAAAGCUGUGACUGGAUCCUAUUGACAACCUGCGCCCUAAAAGGGAUCACAAUCUUUAAAUACUAAUACAACUCUAUACAGGUGUAUAGCAUGAAUCAAGCAUAAUUCUGUGCAAUUUUUCAUUUUGUAUUAAAAAUGAUUAAUUUCUCUCUUUCAGUGUGUGUUUUUCCCUGUGAUUGUCAGAUUGCUCUAUUUUUGAAGCUGCUUCAUUCCUUUUAUUUAUACACUGAAAAUUGGAUUAUUGUGUCUGUUUUUUUAUAGUACUGCCCAGAAGUGGAAAUGCAAAAUGUUUAUUUGAUGCACCUAAAAUAAAAAGGUCAUACAGACUCG